CUCUGCCUUGCUUUUCUCCAACUCGAGCUUUGGGAGAUGGGCUACCUCGGCAAGGUCGAGCCUGGGCCAACCUCACCCGUGGCCAAGUUGUUUCAGGCGGUGGAGCCCCUGAUCUUUCUGAAGGAAAGGGUGGCACGCUCGCCGUCUGCGUCAGAGGCCACGCCCGAUGCAUCCUUUGUUGACUUCGCAGAUUUGGAGAAGGGCGGUGGCAGCGCUGUGCAUGCCGCCAAGUUCCGGCAGCCGGCUAUGCCUAGCGAGAAACUUCAUCGGUACACCAUCGUGGCGUCUGCAAGCUCGGACUUUCACCUCAUGACCGAGGGUCUGGAAUUGGUCAUGAUCGCGAGGACACAAGGGACGAAGCAGGUGGACUUCUUUCUUCCAGACGAGGAGCAGGCCAUACCUGCCUUCAGCAUGCGGCGCCAGGAGGCUGACGAAUGGGUCCUGGUGCAGCCACGGUGUGACUGCUGCGCUCACAGGCCGCAUCAUCGCACCUGCGACUUCCUUGGCCGCAGCCAGCAGGUUGCGUGCAUCCAGCACAGCAGGCGGAAGGUCGACAAGUGCAGCGUCCACUUCGUGGACAUGUUUGUACCCCCGCUGCUCACAGAGGACCAGUCCUCGCUCUGGUGCCCCGCGUGGAUGGGCAAGGAUCUCGGCUGCAAGACACCCUUGAGCAGUGGUAGCCUAUCGCCCAAGAGUACCAGGAGCCCCAGCUUCCACCUCAUGGCCCCAGAAGGCGCUGAUGCGAUUCAUCUGCAAUCCAAGCUGCCUGUCUGGAACAGUGAUUUGGAAGGGCUCAUCUUGAACUUUGAGGGACGCAGCAUGCUCCGGAGCUCGCCCCGGAACUUUGUGGUGCAGGAAGAGGAGGGGAAGAUCGUGAUGCAGCACGCGCAGAUUGCGGAGAACACCUGGUGCCUGGACUUCAACCACCCGCUGAGCGUGGUACAGGCGUUUGCAAUGGCCAUGGCGUCCAUUGACUGGGAGUAACACAGGCUUGCGGGGCCAGCUUGCGUUGAUCCCUGCAGCGUUCCAUGCCUCUAGUCUGGAUGUUCGAAGGGGGGCCGACGAAUCCAAAGAAACUGCUCGAGGCAGGCUGACUUGGGCCGGCUGACUGAAGUCGUGUGCCUUCGCCAGAGCAGCCCUGCAUUCACUGGGGGCGACUUUCGUGGACCCCCAAUGGCAGCACUCUGUUCCAAAUUGCUCAGCGCUUGCGCGGUGGGAAGCGUUUCCUCACCCGAUUUGCAAGGUGGAAAUUCAGCAUCCCGCGCUCUCACUAAAGUGACAGCGCGGAAUUACGGGAAGGCCAGCUUUCAGUGUUGCAGAGAGCUUGGCACCUCCCCGUAGCAACAACAACAGGGCCGCGACUUGUGCGGCAUUUUCCGAAAUACGUGAAUG